AUGGACAAAGUAAAUGAGAGCAUAGAACACAUACAAAAAGCCACUUUGAAAAGCACAAAAGAUGCUCUUAGAAAUACAUACGACAUCAUCUCAGAAGUAGACACUGAGUCGCUUUUAGCCAAUUUAGAGAACAACUCCACAGGCCCAGCGAGAUAUCUUCUGCAGCUGUUCAUCAGCAUGUCAUACGCAUACAAAGAGCAGUAUGAAGAGUCAUUUAGCACCUCCAUGAAAAACAUUGAAGAGAUCUCAAGAGAGCCAACAAGAAUUCUCGACGGGGUUCUUGCAGGCCUGUGGACAACAGCAAGAAUAUCAGCAAGCCAGCUUAAAAAGAACAUUCUAUCGGAGUAUCUGCUGGGUCUUGCAGAGGCUCGAGAGUACCAGAACACAGAGACAACCACUGUGAUAAUAAAUAGCAUUUUGAUGGAUCUUCAGAAGAAAGAGCUGUACGACGAGGCAUACACAUUCCUAAAGGGAAUCAAGCUGCCAGACGAAGCAGAUGUAGGACAGUCCUCGGUUUUCUACUAUCUAGCGAGUGUUAUAUACCUCAUGGCCGAAGAAUUCAGAGCAGCAGAAGAGGCAAUCAACAAAGCGAUCGUAAAAAGCACGGACACUCUCUUUACAGAAGAGUGCAGAAAGGUGCAGGUGGUGGCAUCCUUGCACCAGGGCAAGCAUCCCAACAGAGAGUUCUUUAUGAACAACCCCAGACUGAUAAACUACCAGAAAAUUCUUCUAGCAAUAAAGUCGUGCUCACUGGAAAAGUUUCACGAGGCUGUGGGAGAGGUAGAGGAUAUGCUGCGAAUGGAUGGACUGUACCACUCUGUCAUUCGGCUAGAAACAGCAGUGCAGAAGGAACAAGUUAGGAGAAUUGGCGUAGUGUACACGAAGAUAUACCUGAGCUCAGUUGGAGAGAUGCUGGGAGUAUCAGAGGAGAGCGCGUCAUUCCUCCUUCAGAAAGCCAUUGCAGAGGGAACUAUUGCAGGGUAUAUAGACUCUGAGCGCAAAGAGUACAUUGGGCUGGAGAAAGGAGAAGAGAAGAAGGGAAUGCUAAAGAUAGAGGAAAUGCUGAGUGUAGCAAACAGUCUGGCAAUGAUUAAGAAGCAUGAGCCUGUGAAAAAGAAGUCUUUGGAAGAGCUGCAGGCUGAAAUGACAUACAAUGAGUAUAGAAUAUAA